AUGGAGACGCACUUCCUGGAGUUUCUGCAGUGGCAUCCGAGCUUCAGGACGUAUGAUUGGCGGGUGGCGGAUUUCAUCUGGCUCGCGCAGUGCACCACCAAGGUCCAUGCGCUGCAGGUGUAUCUUCACCUGCGUCAGAACUACUCCUACUCGCACGAGGCGGCUUUGGCGCUGGCGGAUGCAGAGUACCUGCGCAUCUUGGGAUCCUAUCACCGGGGAUCUGCGCCCACCAUCAUCCAGGCUUUCCAAAGGAUUCCGCAGCUGGUUUCUGCGGCUCUGGUGCCCGAAGAUACGACCGCCAACUUUGUGACGGUCUAUGCGAUUGACCUUGGCAGACAGGACUUCCCGGCGUCCCUGGCCGAGACGAGGAACUGGACCGUCGGCACGUUGCCCGGGGAGACAGAUUGGCUGCAAAAGGCGAACCUGUGGGAGACUUGGCCGAAGCCAGACAUGAAAUGCAUGCGCGCGCUGCCCGACGCCUCAGCUCCGGAUCGCUGUGCCGAGGGUGCGAUGAAGCUGACGCCGGCUCUUGGUCUGGGCGUGGGUCUCCAAGGGGCGACCCAGCUGAUGAUGCUGCUCCUCGGCCCCAAUGAGACCCAGUCAACAGCCGAGGGCCGCGUCUUCCACCCGCACUCGCUUUAUGGCAACAUGGACCCGGCAGAGGUCUGGGUUCAGGGCUCUGUUCCUUGGCUGCUGGACCUGCGUGCGAUUUCGUCCGAGGAGGAGUAUCAAGAUGCAAUGCUUUCCAGCAAGUUCUGCCUGGUCCUACGGGGCAGCUCACAUACCAACAACGUGCGCCUGGUGGAUGUGAUGGCCCACGGCUGCGUGCCGGUGAUUGUGUCAGAUGACUUCCAUCCUCCUCUGGAGCGGAGCCUUCCUUGGCGCGACGUGGCACUGUUCUUCCGCACCGCCGAACUUCCCCGGCUCGUGGCUCGCUUGCGUGAGGUUGAUGAUGCCCCUCUGCGCCAGCAUCUGCUGGAGGGUGAGAGACCCGUGGCACAGGCGUUGGACUUCGCCCGCCCGGAGUACUGGGUCGACAUCUUCCACGAGCUUACUGGUAAGCUGGAGCUGUCGCUGCAGGCCACCACACCCAGGGCCCUUGCGCUAGGGGAACUGCGCGAGACCGCCUUCAACCUGUACGCUGCUUUCCUGGAGCAAAACAGCUGCCUUGUGGAGAUCUGCCUGAGUGAGAGAUUCGCCAUGGAGGACAUCUUGGGCUGCCGUGUGGCGGACCAGCUCUGGCCGUCUUUGGCCGCGAUUGCCAGCCGCGCGCGCCGCCGUGGAGGCGCGCCACAGCAUGUCCUCGAAGUGGUGCAGGAAGUGGAGGACGGGUGCACCGAGCCUUUGGAUGGGCAGGUGCGGAUGGCACGGGAGUGGAUCCGACUGCGAGGCAGCUUGGACCCAGACUCCCCGUACUUUCUUUCCGAGCCGGAUGAGUUGCAGAAGUCCUGCAUGAAGCCAGGCUGCUUUCUUCUCCUCCUUCGGGGCGCAGCCGCCUCCCCGCGGAGCAUCUUCGGGGCAGAGCCGCUGCUGACGGACAGGCGGGCGCGCUUCGUUCUUUGGGAACAUCUCGACCACCAGUGGGGCGGCCUCACCGUCUGGCAUGCGGGCCACUUCAUGUGGAGCCUUGGGUAUGUCUGCUUCCUGGUUGGGCUAUCUGAUAUGUUCCUCUUCUCAGGCGCCUUGUGGGAUGAUGCGUAUGCCAUGCCCGCUCUGGCCCACGUGCUCUGCGGGCAGCUCGAGGAUGAAGAGGUCGGCCUACUGCUUCAGGUCUAUGGCCUGGAAGAAAGCCGCAGCAUGCAAGUUCUGAGAGAGUUUCGGAGACUCUAUGGCUAUGGCUGA